AUGAGCUUUGUACGGAAGAAAAUUUGUUGGGCUGAAGUAGGCGAUAAACCGUUAUUGGGAUCGAAACUCGUGCAGGAAACAACCAAGAAAGUGAAAUUGAUUCAACAACAUUUGAAAACCUCCCAAAGUUGCCAAAAGAGUUAUGUAGAUGUUUGGAAGAGAGACAGAGAAUAUGAAGUUGGUGAUUAUGUGUUUAUCAAAGUGACUCUUAUGAAAGGACAGACACAAUUUAGGGUUAAAGGUAAGUUGGCGUCAAUGUACGUUGGCCCGUAUGAGAUUAUUGAUAAAAUCAAUCUAGUAACAUAUCAGGUAACUUUACCUCCAGUCAUGGAGCAAGUGCACAAUGUAUUCCACAUUUCUAUGCUUCGAGACUAUUUACGAGACCCGCAUCAUAUUAUUGAGCCAACACAUGUGCUUCUAGAGGAUGAUUACAUGUAUGAAGAAUGGCCAAUCCAAAUUGUGAACCGCCGGAUCAAAAGACUGAGGAGUAAAAAAAUUCCGUUAGUGAAAGUAGAUUGGCAAAAUUAUGGAGGGACGUAUGCAGCUUGGGAGACCGAAGAAGAUAUGAUGAAGAGAUACCCUGAUUUGUUCCCUCUGGAUCCGAUAUUCUUUCAAAAUGAAGAAUUUUAUGGUAAGUUUAAUUGA